AUGGCAAACGCUCAGCCCGUUGGGCUGCUACUCCCGCAUGGCUACCUACCUGUGGGUCUAGUUCUUUCGGACCAAGUCGCGCCCUAUCUAUCGACAGAAGCUAAGGACCCCACUUAUCAGGGUGUAUUCAACAAAGUUGGUGGCGGCGACGAUACGUUCCGUUGGCAGUCUCGCGUGCAGUAG